UAUCUGUUUGUCCACGAACAGGACAUUUUGACGCAUUACCUCUGUACACUACGGUAGCUAUGUUCUUCUCGCGAUGUAACAUAACAGCUGAAACGAGAAGUCCCAUUCAGAUGACAAACGACCUACAGUGGCCUUCGGUGACACAUCUGCUGCAAGACAAGACCAACCCACAGUGUCCGUACUGCUGAACGUUAACGUUAGUUGUUCUGUCAAGGUUGUUUAAUUGUCCAGCCCUCAUCAUGUCAUCUGAUAGAAAUUGGGAUGAGGAUGAACACACCUCCAAAUUCAUGAGAAAGGCAAAAGAAUCACCAUUCGUACCUAUAGGUAUGGCUGGAUGUCUUGCAAUUGUGGCAUUUGGGCUUUAUAAGCUUAAAUCACGUGGAGACACUAAGAUGUCUGUCCACCUAAUUCACAUGCGUGUUGGAGCACAAGGAUUUGUGGUGGGAGCAAUGACACUGGGUGUAUUAUACUCCAUGUACAAAGAGUACCUGGCUCCCAAAUUCCAAGGAAAAGACGGCAAGUGAGCCAGUCACUGUUCAGUAUUGGUGUCAGGUGACGGCAACUUUCUCCACGGCUGCUGUUCCUAAAAUGUACGGGUACCUCUUUUAGAAUGAAUGUAAUGGAUGUGACCGCUGACAGGGAUAAAGACAAAUAAAGUGUCUCUUGGUGACCCCAAGGUCCAAGUCACCCCACAGGCACCCCACAGGCCACAGGGUCCAAAUAGGGGUGUGCAAAUAUUGGUUGAUCAAUUAAAUGCUUUUUAAAAUCCGUCCGAUUCGAUAUCGAUCUGUAAAAUGUCUGGAUCAAGCUUUUAGGCUACUUUGCAUUUCCCCCCGUGUUCUAGGUUCAUUUCUGCAAUGGUUAAACAUAGCCUAUUUGUCAUAUUAAAGAAAAUCAAAUUGUUACCAGUCCUCCCCAUUAGAUGGAAACUGCAAACGCAUAGAUGAAAACCUGUUUACAACCAUUUUUCACUGUCAAAGCAAUACCCAUAUCUGCCUCAAAUAUGAUAAUUUGGUAUAUAAGCUUUUAGCCUCUUCUUUAGUGGUUUUCAAAAUUUGUUUUCAGUGACUCUGUAGUUGGGUUCCCCAGACGUCCCCUUCUUCCAAGGACAGUCACGUUUUUCAGCACUUUUUAAAGUGUCCCAACUUAUUCCGAUAGAAAAUAAUGUUUUGCGAUCUGGUCACCCUACUUUAGAUCUUUUUAAGCAUCUCUCUAAAUAUGGAAACCUGCUAUAUAGUAUUUCAUAUAAUUUAUAUCGAUAUCGAAUCGUUUCUGAAUCAAAUCAAAUCAGGACAUCUGUGCACCCAGCACUAGUUCCAAAAUGAUAUGAAUGAGAAUUAAUGAAAAAGUCAGAGCACAGUGCAUCAUCCACAUCACUCAAAUGCUAUGUUAUACGAGCUCAAAGGGUCGUUACCUUAAUGAAUCAAAUUACUGCUAGUCUGUCCUUUGCAGCCAUGUGGUCAUUGUCCAACCAGGUCUAUGAGAACCAAAUGAAGGAGCUGUGACAUCCAUUGCAUUCACUCCCGUCACUCAUGACAUAGGUUGUUGUCAUGGGGCAUACUUUACUUGCAGACUAACCACUCCAACCACUGUAUCACCUCUGUACUCACCUCUAUUACAGUUUUUUUCUGAUUGCUUUGGCACUAUCUUUGAAACUAUAGGCUACUUUUACAGAACUCUACACACUAACCACAAAACUGUAUACCAGACCAGCUAAACAUUAUACAUGUCUUGCAAAAGCAAACAAUUCUUGCAAAACUCUUAUGCACUGAUAGUAUAGCUAUUGCUUUUUCUGUGUGCAGUUUGCGAUAAGGUUGUCAUUCAAGUAGUAAACACGCAUACACGCAGGUGUAUGGGUGUUAUUAAAUUGCUGAGUGUAAAGCAGUGAGUUGUGUUUACAGUUUUGCAAAAAGUGUGUCAUAAAAUUAUAAACUGAUGGUAAAGCAGAGAACAUGCAUUCAGUUUGGGACACACUUGGUUAAUGCAUUGGCUACAGAGAUGGUGGUUUAAGAAUCACUGUUAGUAUUAAGCAUUCAGAAAACAACUGUAAACAGUAAUGCUAGCCUACAUGUAAACCAGUGAGUUUGGAUUGCUCACUGAAACCAGAGAUUCCAAUUUGUAGUCAUGCGUAUAGAGAUUGUUGUGACAUUGAUCAUAUUUUUCAUUAUGCUUGUUGAACUCGGUCAGACAAAGUCUAUAAUACACUUCAGUUCGGGCCAAUACAUCAAAAUGCCUGAAUUCAUUUUAAUUUCCGUGUUGAAGACAUUGGUUGAACUAACACCUCAAACAGGAUACCAAACCAGGACACUCAGUCACCUGAAACUUGAGACCUGAAGUAAUUUGAUGUCUUGGAACAGGCCUUUUUGUUGUCUGACCUCAUAUUGAGGUUCUUUUAUAAGAUGUUUUCUGAUCUUAGUAAUGUAUAACUUAAACACAGUGUACAUCACUUAAAAUAAUAUACUGAAAUAAAUAUGUUUUUUGUAGAAAUA